CGGGUCGUCCCCGCUGUUGCUCCCCGGUCUCCAGUGUGGAUUUACAUACCCUGAUUUCCGUGGGACUGGGAAGCGAAAGAGGAGGGUGGCGAGUCUUUCAGGAACUGAGGAAACAGCCGCAAACAGCGCAACUUCACAAAUUAACAACUUGUAGCCCCGUCGUCGGUCCGCUCGUGCCUGCUAACCGCCGUCGGGAUAACGUUUGCGGUACUUUUCUGCACUUCUCUCGGUUCUCUCAACGGUUCACUCUCUCUGGAUUAUUUUUCUAGUCUGGAGGAGGGCUGGGAGCUUUUUCUGAGAAGUCGGGAAGCAAGCAAGAGUUGAACCCGGUUUGAAGGGCUGUGGCCAUGGCCGGGGGUGGCGGUGGUGGCGGCGGUGGGGUUUCUCCGUUGGGGCCCGCACCGCCAAUGUGGUAUCACCGGGACCUGAGUCGAGCGGCGGCCGAGGAGCUGCUAGCCCGGGCCGGGAGAGACGGCAGCUUCCUGGUGCGGGACAGUGAGAGUGUCAACGGGGCUUACGCUUUGUGUGUACUGUUUCAGAAGCAUGUCCACACAUACAGAAUCCUCCCAGAUGACGAAGGAUUUCUGGCUGUACAGACAUCUCAGGGUGUGCAGCCUAAGCGGUUCAAGACGUUACCAGAGUUGGUGUCAUUAUACCUGCAGCCCAGCCAAGGUCUGGUCACCACCCUGCUUUAUCCUGUGGACAGAGAGGAAACAGCAGUUAGCGAUGACAGAGACUAUUCAGAUGGGGAGGAUGAGAAGCCGCCCCUCCCUCCUCGCUCAGCCUCCACCUCCACUCCCCCUGGACCAGACACACCCACAGACAGCACCCCAGCAGCUAAUGGCCUGAGCACUAUCUCCCAUGAGUACCUGAAGGGCAGCUAUGCUUUGGACCUUGAGGCAGUCAAACAGGGAGCCUGCUCCCUGCCUCACCUCAACAAGACACUAGUGGCCUCAUGCAAACGCCUUAAUGGGGAGGUGGAUAAGGUUCUGUCUGGUCUGGAGAUUCUUUCUAAAGUCUUUGAUCAGCAGAGUGCCUUCAUGGUCUCCAAGAUGAUCCAGCAGUCUGUGAAUCAGGGUGGAGACCAAGAGCUGGAGAACCUUGUGACCAAGUUGGCAAUUCUCAAAGACCUGCUGUCCUCCAUAGAGAAGAAGGCUCUAAAAGCUCUCCAGGACAUGAGCUUGUCCUCUCCAUGCUCCCCUCCUCCUCUCUCCAUGCGUCACAGCAAAGCAAUCCCCGUGCAGGCCUUCGAGGUAAAGCUGGACGUUUACCUGGCAGAACUGACAAAGAUAGGAAAGAGUCAGAAGUACACUCUGUCUGUGGACGUGGAGGGAGGACGACUGGUAGUGAUGAAGAAAGUGAAGGACAGCCAAGAGGACUGGACCACCUUCACACAUGACAAAAUCCGUCAGCUGAUCAAGUCUCAGCGUGUGCAGAAUAAACUGGGCAUUGUUUUUGAGAAGGAGAAGGACAAGAGCCAGAGGAAAGACUUCAUCUUUGCUAGUGCCAAGAAGCGGGAGGCUUUUUGCCAGCUGCUGCAGCUGAUGAAGAACAAACAUUCCAACCAGGACGAGCCAGACAUGAUUUCCAUCUUCAUAGGCACCUGGAAUAUGGGCUCAGUGCCGUCACCUAAGUCUGUGGCCUCAUGGGUGUUGUGUCGAGGCCUCGGGAAGACUCUGGACGAGAUGACAGUCACCAUCCCUCAUGACCUUUACGUGUUUGGGACCCAAGAAAACUCAGUGUGUGAGCGGGAGUGGGUGGAGUCGCUACGUGCCAUGUUGAAGGAACAGACAGAGCUGGAUUAUAAACCGAUCGCAGUGCAGACUCUGUGGAACAUUAAGAUCGCUGUGUUGGUGAAACCUGAACACGAGAAUCGAAUCAGCCAUGUGGGAAUGUCCAGUGUCAAGACAGGCAUUGCCAACACACUGGGUAACAAAGGAGCUGUAGGUGUGUCCUUCAUGUUCAACGGGACAUCUUUUGGUUUUGUGAAUUGUCACUUGACUUCAGGGAAUGAGAAGAUUGCCAGGAGGAACCAGAACUACCUUGAUAUCCUGCGGCUGCUGUCACUAGGAGACAAACAGCUGAGCUCCUUUGACAUCUCACUGCGCUUCACACACCUCUUCUGGCUGGGGGAUCUCAACUACAGGCUGGAUAUGGAUAUACAGGAGAUAUUAAACUACAUUAACAGGAAGGAGUUUGAGCCAUUGCUGAAGGUGGACCAGCUCAAUCUGGAGAGGGAGAAGAACAAAGUCUUUCUACGCUUUGCGGAAGAAGAGAUCUCAUUCCCACCUACCUACCGUUAUGAACGUGGCUCAAGGGACACAUAUGUCUGGCAGAAGCAGAAGGCCACAGGGAUGAGGACUAAUGUUCCCUCCUGGUGUGACAGAAUCCUGUGGAAGUCAUAUCCAGAAACACAUAUUGUCUGCAACUCCUAUGGCUGUACAGAUGAUAUAGUGACCAGCGAUCACUCCCCUGUCUUUGCUACGUUUGAGGUGGGGGUGACCUCCCAGUUUGUCUCCAAAAAAGGUCUGCCAAAGUCUUCAGAGCAGGCCUACAUCGAGUUUGAGAGCAUCGAGGCCAUAGUGAAGACAGCGAGCAGAACCAAGUUCUUCAUCGAAUUCUACUCCACUUGUCUGGAAGAGUUUAAGAAGAGUUACGAGAAUGACACUCAGAGCAGUGACAAUGUCAACUUCCUGCGUGUGGGCUGGUCCAACAAGCAGCUAACGACGCUCAAACCUCUUCUCUCAGAGAUCGAGUACCUUCAGGACCAACAUCUGCUGCUAACAGUGAAAUCUCUGGAUGGAUACGAGUCCUAUGGAGAGUGCGUGUUGGCUCUAAAGUCGAUGAUUGGCAGCACAGCACAGCAGUUUCACACCUACCUGUCCCACCGUGGCGAGGAAACAGGAAAUAUCAGGGGGUCCAUGAGAGUCAGAGUCCCUUCUGAAAGGAUGGGAACCAGGGAGAGACUCUAUGAGUGGAUUAGUGUGGACAAAGAUGAGACAGGAGGACCUAAAGGGAAAUCCACGAUGGUAUCCAGAGUGGGACAUGAAUAUGUCAAGCCAUCUGUGGUUCGUAAACAGUUAGGAGAGCUGGGCAGGGUCAAUGAGGAGGGAGAAAGGAUCAGCAAGGAGGAAACUGCUGCAAGACCUAAGCAAGAUGCAUCAGAUGGUGAUCCAUCCAUCAGUAAGAACAGCUACAAUAAUCCCGCCUACUACAUCCUGGAGGGCGUUCCCAACCAGUCGGCAGCUGCUCUCUCACCUGAGCUUCUCCCAUCUCCUACCUCUGCAAACCCCCAGGCAGCUAAAGCCCCUCCUCCCUCAGCAGGGGCUCGAACCAAACCCCCCUGUGUGGCCUCAGGGCCACCUCACCCACGCAGACACAUGGCAGGACACCCGGUCCGGGCCAUUAGCGAAGAGGGCUCCUCAGAAGAUGACGGAGGCGCUUGCAUGGUGGGGGCACAGGGCGGGGGUGUCAUAGGAACAGUUGGGAGCACACUGAAUCGACCCCCUCCUGACUUCCCCCCUCCUCCUCUUCCCAAGGGAGCCCUGGAGAUGGUUGCAGAGGCCCCCUUCCCCAAACCUCGCCCUCUCUACCCGGACCUGGCCGAGGUCAGGAUCCCGGCAGCCGGUCCUGGUGCCCCGCUGGGUCUUGGGGAGGGUUUCAGGAGAGGAGGAGGAGGUGGAGGAGGUGGAGGAGGAGGUGGAGCUGGAGGAGGCGGGGGAGGCGGAGUUGGAGCAGGGGCGUUAGAUGACCAGUCAUGCUCUGUGCUCCAGAUGGCAAAGACACUGAGUGAGAGUGAGUUUCCUGGACAGCCUCCACGUGCUCCAUCGGCACCACCGCCUCUCAGGGGGCAGCCGAUGGGUUUAGGUCUGGAUGCCUGCCGCACCUUCCCGCCCAGAAAUCCCAUCACAGAGAGCAUCGCAGAGGACAUGCCUGAGGAGGCACUUUGGGGCAGCAGUAGUUCAUCUUUGUCUGUAGGGGAAUCGUCAGUGGGGGAGUGGCUGCAGAGGCUGGGACUGGAAAGGUAUGAGCAGGGUCUCCUGCACAACGGCUGGGACGACCUGGAGUUCCUCAGUGACAUCACAGAGGAGGACCUGGAGGAGGCGGGGGUGCUCGACCCCACCCACAAGCAAAUCCUGCUGGAGAGCCUCAGACAGCAGCAGCAACAGCAGCAACAGAAAUAAACUGUACCACACUGGUCUAUGACUGGUCCAAACCGGCCUGGUUACCACACCGGGUCACAAGAGGCCAAAUCUCAGCUGAACUGAACUGAGCUGGAAUGUGCCAAUCGAUGCCAGACUGUGCCUUCUGAGAGAAAUUGCACUCCAUUUGUACUUUCAAAAAAAAAAAACAAACAACAAAAACACUUGUUGAACCAACGUCCUUUUUCACAUGUACUGUAUGUGUGUUGUUAGUGUCAUCAAGGUGGCCUUAUUUAACGAUAAUCAUUUCAGUCCUUCAAGCAUCACUACAUAACCCUCAGUUUUAAAACUAGUGAGAGGAUGCAGGAUGAGAUUAGAUUAUUUUUCUGGCCAAACAGAAUUGAAGAUAUGGAGCAGCUCAUGACUCAGUGUCGUAUCAUCAGUUCUGACCUGCAGCUUCUAGCUAGAAUUAAAGCUUGUUUUUGUUUCUUUGUCCUCAGAAGCCUCAGCUCGGGAGUGACAGUUCCUUCAGACUUUCACGUUUGAAACAAAAUAAGAAGAGGGGUUUUUUGUGCGAAACCAGAGCUUUGAAAAAAACAACCACAACAACAACAAAAAAACACUGCUUGUGUUUUGCGCCCUUAAUUCAGACUCUUAAAAAACUGUGUUCUGUGUUCCUCUCAGUCUCAAGUUUUCCCCCAGUAAUGCACACAUUUGGGAAACUAUGCGGGAAUUGUUAAAGAGCACUCAGGAGGAGUAAUGUCAUCCCACAGCUCGGGCAGAGGACCCCCCCUCCCUUACUUAUGUGACAGAGGUAGACAGGAAGUGGUGACAGAAGAGGAGCUAGCCCUGAGGAGCUCAGCUCACAUUUUUUCAAAUUUUUGUACUUUUGUGAUGAUGUCUGGGCCACUGUUAUUGAAAUAGUGGCAGUCUCAGUGUCUCUGCAUGUAUUUAUGAUUUUAUGUUUUUUUAAUUGAUAAAGGGAAUAUGGAGCAAACCAACCAAACCAGUCCUGUUAGAGCUAAAAAUGCAUAUUUCACUUUGGUAAAACAUUUAAGUGACUGUAUUAGCAAGGCUGCAUUAUUAGAAGUCAAUUUGUUGCCAGAAACCUGUAGGUAGGUCUAGGCUUGAACAUAAGUGGACAAUGACACAUGCAGCACAGUCUGGUCUCAAAAAAUGAAGUAGAUGAGGCAAUAAAAUAAAAGUAUGUCAGAGGUCAUAAAUGCUGCACCAAAGUGAAAUUUUGCUUGAAAGAUUUCACCCAGUACAUUUCUCAUGCUCAUACUCUAUUUGUGAGGAUGUUAAAUUUCAAUUUACAGAGGAAGACAAAUCUUAUUUUAGCAGCAUAUGACCUAGGGUUAAUGUCCUGUCUUUGACUCAUUUCAUUUUAAAUUGUGUUAAUGGAGCAGUGUUCAGGGAAUUUGUUAACAUAGCCAAACUGAUUAACUCGCUGUUAUUUUUUACUGAACAUUUACUAAGCCAUCAUAUUAUUAUCAUUGUCUCUGAGAAACAGUUUGUCACCCAAACAUUUUUUCUUUUCAUAUAAUGUAGAGAUUUUUUUUAUUUUGCUGAUUUUUAUUUGGUUCUUUUGUUAAAUUGCCUAGUGGUAGGAUCAUGAUGUAUUUUGUACACACUCAAGAACAUGUCACAUCUCAUAAUAACAUGAAACACAGAGAAAGUCAGGUGUCUGCAGGACACAGAUGGUGGGAGGGCAGUUGUUCCCUGAUUGCCCAGCAGGUGGUGCUGCCACUCCGUAAACCUCCCCCUUAAAUGCCAACUGGAAACGUUAGACACAACCAUACUUCAUAGUCAGUGGUUUCUUUUAUAUUUAUAUGUUGCUUUUAAGCUGUUAAAAAUCUGAGAGAUAACUUACCCAGUAGUAUUCACCCUCCUUUAUUCGUUCUUCAUUCAUGCCUACUAUUUUGCCUGUGAGACCAGAGGCCAAAAGCCAGUUUAUUGUUGUCAUAAAAGACCUGAUGUUGAUACCUGAUAAUUCUCCUUUAUCAAGGUGGAUCACAGGAAAUAUUUCUCCAUCAGUUAAAGCACACAACGUGCUUUCUAUAUUGAAACAUGAUGUAAAAAUAUUGUCAACAGCUCUAAGAAAACAGCGAAAGCUGAACUCUACACUCUUAAGUGAACAUGCUCUUGCAUAAUUGAGUCUAAAUAGGAUGAAAUCUUUAUGGAUGUUACUGUAGCAGUUUCAUUCAUACACCUUUGAAUUAUGUUGCUCACACACCCUUGGACUCAGCUACUUGUCUGUGUUAUGUGUUGUACAACAUGUCUAAUCUUUUAACAGCCAAACAACCAUAAUGCAGAGAAUGUGGAUCUGCCGUUCAGAUGUGUUAAAUCUAAUGUCUUGUGUUUUUUUAAAAGCCUUUUUGGCCCUUCAGUGUUCUCAGUGAUGUGUGUGUGAGAGAGAGUGCGAGUGUGAGUGUGUGUUUGUAUUUGUGUGCAUGAGUGAAAAAGUGUUGUUGUUUUUCUCUGACACACUCCAUUUUAUCUUGUCCCUUCAUGUAGUCUCCUCUUUUGGUUGUGUUAAGUUAAAGUUGUUCACCCAUGUAAUUUUUUUUCAAUUAAAAUCUAAUAUCUUUCCUUAUGUUA